GUUAAAUUGCCUGGAAUGUACAAAUUACUUUUCUUAGUGCUCAUUGAAGUAUGGCUACCCCAAAGGGCCCUCAGCGACCCUUCUGACGCCAGUUUGGGCGACUACCCUUACACGGCCUCCCUAAAAAUAAACAGCCACCCUUACGCCAAGGCCUAUAUGCACACAUGCGGCGGCACCAUUUUAAACGAAGAAUGGGUACUCACAGCCGCCUCCUGCGUCGACGGCGGUACCACCUGGGAGACCCUCGAAGCAGUUGAUGUGGGCUAUGUAUACGAAUUCAGCAAUGCAAGGCAGAGAAUUGGGGUAGAUAGGGUUGUGUUGCAUCCGCAUUACAACAACACGCAACCGCCCUCUCUACAUAACAUAGCUCUAAUUAAACUCGAUGGUAAAAUAACGUUUAACGAAUCCGCUAAUAAAAUCGGGUUACCAGAUAAGGGAUGGGUACCACAAGUUGCUCGUCUAGAUUUCCUCGGUUGGGGGUUACGUUCUUCGUUGUUACAACACAACGCAGUACCCUUGUUGAGCGAUAAAGAUUGUAUGGAUUUAAUAGAGGAGUACGUGCGUGAUUUGAACGGUAAAGUACCGUUCGAAAGUGAGACGAUGGCGUGCACGGGUCCCGAUUUUCCUGAUAAAUUUAUCAUAACGGAGGGCGACACUGGCGGACCUUUGGUAGCGGAUGGAAUUAUCUACGGGGUGCUCAGUUACAGGCUGGAUUUCAAUAAGCGCCGAAUGGAAAAAGUCCCCUCGGGCGUUUUCACCGAAGUGGCGCCGUAUCUUUCGUGGAUUAUAGAGAACGUGGGUGAUGUUAAUUAAAACGAUAUCAUAAGUAAAUAAAAC